CAGAGACGCUUCAGUUACACUGGGAAUCUCAGGAUAUGAUCUCAUUGCAUAUUCUUCAGAAAUUAAGGAACCUCUAAAGAUAGAGAAACAAAAACAGACUGAGAAGCAGACAUUUAAAUAGAUUUAUGAAGUUUACCUGCAGUUACAGCAGUAAGAAAGAGUGAAACUAAACUGCAGAUUUAGCAGAAGCCAUUACUGAGCUCGGAACAGACGGAGACAGAAUGGCGUCUGGAUCUCCUUCUCUCCUGGAAGAGGAGCUCUCCUGUCCUGUGUGCUCUGAAAUCUUCAGGGAUCCUGUUGUCCUGAGUUGCAGUCACAGCUUCUGUAAGGCCUGUCUGCAGCAGUACUGGGAUCAGAAGGGAUCUCUGGAGUGCCCAGUUUGCAGGAGAAGAUCUUCAAAGGAACAUCCUCCCAUUAGCCUGUCUCUGAGGAAUAUCUGUGAAAUGUUCUUAAAGGAGAAAAGUCAGAGAGCUAAAGCAGGAUCUGAAGUGCUCUGCAGUCUGCACAGUGAGAAACUCAAACUCUUCUGUUUGGAGGAGCAAAUACCCAUCUGUGUUAUCUGUCAGACUUCAAAAAAACAUGAGAACCACAAAGUGCGACCAGUUCAGGAGGCUGCAGAAGAAUAUAAGGAGAAACUCAGGACUGCACUGGCUCCACUGCAGGAGAAGCUAGAAGCCUUUAAUGCAGUGAAGCUAAUCUGUGAUCAAACAGCAGAGCACAUCAAGAGCCAGGCCCAGCACACAGAGAGACAGAUAAAGAUGGAGUUUGAGAACCUUCAGCUGUUCCUAAAAGAGGAAGAGGCAGCCAGGAUCACUGCACUGAGGGAGGAAGAGGAGCAGAAGAGGUGCAUGAUGAAGGAGAAGAUUGAGAAGAUGACAGAAGAGAUAGCAUCCUUUUCAGAACAGAUCAGAGCCUUAGAACAGGAGCUGGGAGCUGAAGACAUCUCAUUCUGCACCCUGGGGGAUCCAGAGAAGGUCUCAGGAGCGCUGAUUGAUGUGGCCAAGCACCUGGGCAAUCUGAAGUACAGAGUGUGGGAGAAGAUGCUGGGGACUGUUCAAUACACUCCUGUGACUCUGGACCCAAACACAGCACAUCCCGAACUCUCACUGUCUGAGGAUCUGACCAGUGUGAGACGCAGUGAUGAGAGACAGCAGGUUCCUGAUCAUCCUGAGAGAUUUGAUACAGGGUGGUGUGUGCUGGGCUCUGAGGGAUUCAGCUCAGGGAGACACUGCUGGGAUGUAGAACUGGGGGAUGGGGUCUGGGCGGUGGGUGUGGUUAAAGACUCCUUCAGCAGGAAAGGGGGUGUGAAUCUGAGCCCAGCAGCAGGAGUGUGGAGUAUAGGGCUGUGCGAUGGGAAAUACAGAGCCCUGACCUCCCCACUCACACGCCUCACUGUGCAGAGGGACCUCCAGAGGGUCAGAGUGCAGCUGGACUGGGACAGGGGGGAGGUGUCAUUCUCUGACCCCAGUGACAACACUCCUCUCUACACCUUUAAACACUCCUUCACUGAGAGACUGUUUCCAUUCUUUGUGGGGAUUGUGAGGAUCUGCCCACUGAAGGUGUCUGUAAGUGUAAAAUAGCACUGUGGCAUUGUUUGUAAACAUCACUUGAAGUCAAAGGACUGUCUCAACUCAGAGUAGGUUUACUACAAAUGUUAGAAACAAAAACACAUCAUAACAAAAUAUUGUGUAUAAUUUUAAAUGUAAAUACAAACAUUGUAUUGUGCUUGAUGAGAAAUGUAUAAUCUCUCUGAUAUAACUUCAGAAUGUUAUUACUGAGUAAUUCCUGUGGUACAUGGUGGUAUUGUAAGUACACUGGUGUGUGUGUAAUGAGUAAUUCCUGUGGUAUAUGGUGGUACUGUAAGUACACUGGUGUGUGUGUGUGUGUGUGUGUGUGUGUGUGUGGAAUGAGUUGGGGUGUAAUAAAUACAGAACUGGAAUCACUCCAGAGUGCUGCUCUUUUCCUGACCCGUCACCAGUGUGUCUCCCAGGUGUGUGAUGAGGUAAGUCUCUCUCUCCGGUGCAGUAUGAACGCAGACAGAGACAAAUACGCCCCUCCUACGCUGGGUUUGGGUUCUACACCCUACACCCCUGCCAGACCUCUUCGUUCAGCCUCCACAGGCCGCUUGGCACCUCCCCCUCUCCGAACCUCCACCUCCCGCUCACGACUACUGUCUUUUCUGGCUCCACGGUGGUGGAACGAACUCCCCGCUGAGGUCAGAACUGUAGAAUCUCUCCCCACCUUCAAGCGCAAACUGAAGACGCACCUCUUCAAGCAGCACCUCUCCCCGUCCCUCCCUACCUGCCUGUGAACCUUAAUUGUUGUCUUUGUGUGAUUUACUUUUUUGUGUAUCGGUAUUUUUAGUUUGGCUAGGUAAGCAGUGUUUGGCUAGUUAAGUUUGGUCACUUAUGCUUUGUUUGUUUGUUUAUUUUUAUGUUUAAAAAAAAUAAAAAAAUAGGCCCUG